AUGGACCAAUCUUCUGACCCCGGCGAGCGGAUUGCUGUACGGCGCGCCAUCCAAGAACGCGAAGACCUGGUCUUCAAGUUGGAAGGGGAGAUCCAAGAACGCGAGGCCAUUAUUGAAAGGCUCGAACGCGAGAUAGCAGGUCUCCACGAGCGCCUCCGAGUCUGCUUCAUCGAGAUGGUCCCUGUCGAAUUGCUUUCGCGCAUCUUCGUCUUCACCUGCGAGGGUGAAACAAUCGCCUUUUCACAGGGACCGGAAAGCCACGAUUCGCAUCUAUCGACUGAUGCUACGGCCAUCAUUCUCACUCAAGUCAGCAAACUGUGGAGAACCGUGGCCAUGAAUCUCCCAGCAUUAUGGUCCCGUCUGGACGUAUACAUGGUCCCUUGCAGCCCAUUCAAUCCUUGUGAUGACUCGGCUUGCCCGAUGGCCGCAUCCCAGUCUCGGUUCAUCCAACUCUUCAAAACCUUCCUUGACCGCUCGAAAGACUUCCCCCUCGACUUGACACUCCACAACGAUCAUAAUAGGAAGUAUCCGGGGUGUUACUCCAAUUCUUCUGAGCGUCUUCUAGCGGAGAACGCAAAUAGGUUGACGAAGUUGGAGAUGUGCUGGGUUGACCUAGAGUUUCUGGAACCUUCUGUCGAAUGUCCUGUUCUCGAACAGUUGACACUUUCGAAUUUCCACUUCCCUCGAACCAAAGUCGUCACACUCAAUGCCCCAAAACUAACCAAAGUGGUAUAUUCGGACUGGCUCCUCAAUGGGAUACCUUCUUGUCCCAACUUCCAACUUCCAUGGAUACAGCUCACCGAGCUCUUCUUCGUAUUCCGGGGUAGUGGUGGAACUGAGUGGGAGCCUGAAGAAUAUAACGAACAAUUCUUCUACGUUCUUCGCCAAAGCACCAAUAUUACCACCCUUCGCAUCAGCAUUGGCCUCGCAUGGGGCCGAAACCCUCUACCUUGGUCCAGCGCAUCAUACAGCCAAAUCCAGCUUCCCCGGCUCCGAAAGCUGGAAAUCCAAGACCAGUCGCAGGUCUUCUUCAGCCAGCGAUAUCUGGCGGCAUUCAACACACCAUCACUGCAAACAUUCGACUUCCUCAUCGCAGAUGUCGGGAAGAUUGCAUCUACCGAGAUCAUGGCCUCGUACAUGGUCAUCCUUACCUUCCUUCAAAGGUGCCCACGUCUGCAAACGCUGAGGCUGGGUGUCUGUGAUCGGUCAUUCUUCAUCCCAGCUGAACGAAACACUCGACACGAUGACUGCAAAAUCUUCAUGAUGCGAGACAAGGAACCCACCGACUUUGCGCGUGUGUUGCAAGCGGUCUUCUUCAUCGAUCCGGCGCGUCAAAACAACCCAGACAGUCAACUGGGCUGGUAUCUCGACGAGCAAGUCGUUACCGCUUCCGAAUGGCCCCAAAACUACGUGGAGGACAUCUUUGAUUGGGUGCUCGAUAAUACCACUACAGUAAUGCCAUAUCACAAGCGGACUCGUCCCGCCUUCAUUCGAAAACUGCUUACUGAUCAGCAUUUAACAAUCGUCCAGCACUGCUUGGAGAUUCUUCAAGUCGGGCACGACGUUAUUCCCGGAGAGCGCGCCUUGCUGGUCUGUACGCCGCCGCCGCGGCUCCCAAGUUGGUCGAUAUGUGACCAGGCGGAGGCCGCCCCUCUCGGACUCGGACGGCACUCGCUCGAUCCAGACGCCGACGACGUCAAUCACCGUGGCCUGGCCAACGACUGGGAGGGGCCUUCCAAUUUCCAUACAACGAAUGAUGCGUGCCCCAAGUUCUUCACCGUGCAGGUCCUCCUCCUCGGGCCCAUUCAAUGGUCCAAGACCAAGCAGCGCGUGGCGCGCAAUAUGUCCUAA